ACCCACCACAUUAAAUUUUGAUAUUUAUCAUCAUCUUCUUCUUUCUUAUAUCUCUUCCAAACUCUUAACACAGCCUCACAUUGUCACAGAGCCAUGGACUGGUUCGCAUGGCUGUCGAAAACCAGCCUUGAACCAAGCCUUGUCUAUGAGUACGGCAUCAUCUUCUCUCGCAACGAGCUUCAAAUGGAGGACGUUGCUUUCUUCAACCAUGAGUUCCUGCUGAGCAUGGGAGUUUCUGUGGCCAAGCACAGGCUAGAGAUACUCAAGCUUGCCAAGAAGCAAAACGAGGGUGGCGGUGGUGGUCACCGCCACCACCCAGGGUCAAUUUCAAGGCUCGGCUGGGCGCUCAUCAAAACCAAGAAGUGUUUCAGCAAGUACUUUACAAGAUUGGCUUUCCAAGAGAACGACAUGUCAUCGUCCCCCAGGCAUGUAGCUGAUCAGCCAGAGAAGUAUCAAGAGCAUUGGAGAGGAAGUCUGUCGAAGCCAAAGGGUCAUGAGGAGGUCAAAACUCGGAGCAUUGCGCUAUCGGGGCCGUUGGAUAUGAGGACUCAUGAGAGGUUGAUGAUGGUCCCUAACCCUAGGAGCUUGAAGCUAUCAGGACCCUUAGACUCAAAGGUCAAUGAGAGGCUCAUGUACACAGCAAAUAGGAGCCCUAGGCUCACUUCAGGUCCUAUGGUGACCGACAAGCUAAUGGUUGCAGCAAAUAGGAGCCCCAAGGCAUCCGGACCGUACGAUGGACGAUCAUAUGAUCGGCUGAUGGUGACGAAGAAUAGGAGCCCGAGGCUGUCCGGGCCGCUUGAUGGAAAAGUCACUCCAUAUGAGAAGGGAAGGGUGGACGUUGAUUUUGAUGACCAUUCACUUUGGACUGCUAUGUUUCAGGAUAUGAAACCCACUUGAUCAUUAUUUUGUACUAGCUUUUGGGUUGGUUCUGCUUUCCUUGAAAUGUUUUGUGUUCCAAAGAGUCAUGAAAUUUGUACGAGUCUUGAAACUUUUUCUUCAGAUUGCACUAAAAUUUUACUCUC